AUGGUCCACAGCUUAACAAUUGCUCAAGACACUCGGUCCUUCAAUGGCACCAAUCUUCUUCUGAAUAUUGCUGAAGAACACCAAGAACCAUUAUCUUUCGGUACGCCUUAUCUACGAAGUUUGGCAGACGGUACAGUGAAUACAAAUAUUUUCACAUUAUUUAAUUAUAACGGCGGUCAAGUCUAUGUAUACAGCUCAUUUGCUAAUGAAAAUGAAAACAACGGCAAUCCACAACGAUGGAUAUUUUACUAUGUUUCAAUUAUGGCACCGAUGCAAACUUCAAAAACUAAUGUUUCGGUAUGGUCAAUGAAAAAUGAAGUUCGUGUCAAAUUGAUGUUAGGCGAUAGGGAACUAGAACAUAUAGCAUGUAAAGCAAUUUCAAAAAAAUUUGAUAUAAAAAUAGCUGAAUAUUCAAAAUAUUGGGAUAUUGCACCUUUAAUGAUUGAUUCUUUGACUGCGUACAUGGUAACAGGUAGUAAUUCACCUGUAGCAGGCGUACAACCGUAUCAUUCUGUUCAUCCAAAUUCAUUGGUUAUGAUUUUUCGAUUACCAUGUUCGACGGAAGAUAAUGUACGGCAAGUUGCUCAGAUGAUCAACAGUGGUGAAUAUGAAAUUGAAAUCGCAUUCUAUUUUGAUGGAUUCAAACAUACGCCAACAUCACUAUUAUCGAUCACUGCUGAACAAUUAAAUAGUGUAUCUAGUAAAACAACAGUCGAUGGUGGUAAUACGGAUGCAAAGUAUAUUCAUCGUAAUCAGGCUACCAAGUUCGUCGCGCAGUAUAUAACAAACGUAAAGAAAAUAAUUUAUUCCGAAAAUUCAGAUAUCGAUACACAAUCGUUAGCAAAUGGGCUUGAAGAUCAGUUUAUGUCAUUGCUACAACAAGGUGAGUAG